GAGAGAGAGGGAGAGAGAAAGAGACUGAGACAGAGACAGAGACAGAGAGACAGAGAGGGGAUGGGGAGGCAGAGUAGACGCAAAUAAAUUAGCGAGAAACAUGCACGAGUGAAGAAAAGUUAGAGUUUGAACAUUAUACAAGACAAGCAGUCAGGAAACAAAAAAAACAAAAACCCAAACAAGUUCAUAUAAAAGGGUAUCAAAACCUUUCACUGUCCAAUUUUUCUCAUCCUAAUGAGAUGAACAAAUAAAAGCAAAACUUUCAUUAUAGUGAUAAAUAUUACAAUAACCAAAUUAAUGGAGGAAAAGAAUUAGAAAAAAAAAAGAUUUCAUCAGGUUCAUACAUUGCCACGGAGCGGGUUUCAGUGAGCCGGAACAUGCGGAGCUUUACAGCACGUCGCUUUGUGUAAGAGUAAGAGAAAAGCAGUGACCAAUCAGAAGCUGCAUUCAGCACGAUGGCAAAAAGUAGAAGGCCACGAUUGGCCAGAAAUGCUUUAUCAUGAUGCCUGCUGGCGUGACACAGCAGGGCCGCGCGGCCUGGUCGAUUCCAGUAGAAAAUAGAUCUAUGAGGCCUAGUUUCGUUAUUCAUACAAGCGGAACGACUACACCGGGAUCAUUCAGUCUGUUCAUGUUGUUGGCUCAGGAACGUGUCUGACGAAUUUCCAGCAUGUAAAACACGUGAGAGAACCCCAUGCCGAACAAGGCAUGGAAAUUUAGGCAGCAGUACAACAGACAGGGAAGAAGAUAAAAAGAGACCUCUAGACGCCCAGCUUGACUGAGAGAGCCUGAGCUAUACUGUCAGGAUGGAAUCCUUACCGCAGAUCGGACCUCUGCAUACGGAUGUUGUGAUUGUUGGUAAUGGGCCUUCUGCGCUGGCAUUGUCCUUUAUGCUAGCCGGCCACAGACCUUACUACGACGGUACACCUCUGUCUAACGAAUUUCUCAACGACAGAUUGGUGAAGGACAUGGAAGUUUCCCUCGUUGACAAAGAACUGGAACCAUUGUGUGAAGGACUGGAGGGCCGCAGCAACAACCCUGUUGCUUUACUGUUUGACAAUUUGUUCCAUCCGGACGCGGACUUGGGGUUGGAUAACCCGUCUGUGAUCGACUGGAAGCACGAAGAGCAGACAGAAAUAGACCACGUUGUCUUGGGGAAAACUAAAGCCGGGGGCACGUGGCAGAAAAUUGAUGGAACUAUGCAAACUAUCAGCCAAAACACCUGGAUGGAGCUUCCAAAUGUUCCCUUCAGAGAAUGGAUGGCUCAGAAUCGGAGGAACUCGGGGGUAGGUGAACCUAUGUACGGGCGUGCCACCAUUGGAGACGUGAAGGAUUACUACUUGGACUACGUCAAGUCCCAGGGACUGCAGCGUUACUUCAAAGACAACUACACCGUGACGUCUGUGCAGAGGGUGUACCAUCUACGAAAUGCUGUCGACAGCGAGAGUGGAGAGGUGGAGCCGUGCUGUCGCAACGUCCGCAGAAACCACACCCACUGCUGGGAGGUGCGCGGCUACCAUUCGGUCUUCGAUGACCAAGGGCAGGCCAUUUCGCGCCAAGACUUCUGCUAUUUAGCCCCUCACGUUGUGCUUGCCGCAGGUGCCUACGACAUUCCAAAUCGACUUGGGGUGGAGGGGGAGAACCGUCCUUUCGUCACUCAUAGCCUCGGGGACUUUGAGAAGCAUUUAUCGUCGUCUGCACUCAACACCCUGUCCGACCCCGUUCUAGUGGUCGGUGCGGGUCUCAGCGCGGCCGAUGCCAUCCUCAUGGCCAUGGAGUCGAACGUCCCGGUGAUUCAUGUGUUCCGUCGCGGCCCCUCCGACCCGUCCCUCAUCUUCUCCAAACUGCCCAGCACCAUGUACCCGGAGUACCACCGCAUCCACUCGCUCAUGAAGGGCAAGGAGACGAGCGAGCUCUACCGGCCCAUGGCACGCCACAACGUCAUCGAGAUCCUGGACCAUAAAGUCCUGGUGGGCACCAAGAAACAGGACCAGAUGGCCACCUUCGACAUCUCAUUCGCCGCCAUCAUGAUCGGGUCCCGGGCCGACCUCGGCUUUCUCCCUCGUGAAGGCCGGCAUCUGGGCGUGGUGCCCAAGUGGCCGAUCGACAGCAAGCACAACCCCAUCGAUGUGGACGUUUAUUCGUACCAGUCCGCCCAUGAGCCCCAAAUGUUUGCCAUGGGGCCCUUGGUCGGAGACAGUUUUGUUCGGUUUGGGAUCGGAGGCGCCUUGGGCAUUGUGAAUCAUCUGAGAAAGUGUCACAAAAAGGAGAAUUUGUAGUAGAAGGAAGAAAGACUUCUGUCAUGAUCUCAUCCUGUUUACUGUGCGGCCCAGGUCUGUUCUACCUUAUUGUACGUGCCCUAUGGGUGCAGUUAGAAAUAGAACCAAAGAGUUGUCUGUUGAACCGUUUACUGCUUUGAAUACUGCCAGUAUAUAUGUACUAAAGUUUAACCAUCAUUUGUAUUCUGUAAGUUCAUUGAUUCGGGUGAAUGUUUUUGAAGCCUCAGUGUCAGAUUAAUUUAGAUGUAUCUAGACGCAGACUUGUUAGAAAGAUACUCUAAAAAGUCAUUGUAGUCUGAUCUGAGAGCUGAAUCAAUAUGUUCACUUUUGCACAGUUUCAUAUAAUUCGGUAUGUUCACCUCACUUUGGCCCAUUUUGUUCUCGCUGAAGUCGCUGAAGUGUACUUUAACAUGAAAAAACCCCCCGCCAGAUCCCACAGCGAUUGUGGAAGUGCCUAAUUCUAAUUUAUGAUAGCUCACUGCGUUUUUAAAGUAUCUUGUAAACACUAACAGUAACAUAAAUUAUUUUUUCUCUCUCAGAAUUGGCAUGCUGGUUCUCAUCUAUCUAUGACCACAAAUCCAGAUCACAAGUUAUUGUUCCGGUAUUAAUUCAAAAAGGCAGUUCCCAUUGCUUGGACACACUUUUGCUAACAUGGGAAAGUUGAGUGAUUUGCACCCAAGUUGUGUUUGCUGCUCUGUGGGGCUCUGGACCUCACUGUUUGUUUGUAGAACGAAAUAUAUAUAUGUUCUAAAU